AUGUCUUUUCCCCAUCUAGAAUACCUCAAAAGUAUCUUUAACGAGUUUUUACUUCCUGGGAUGGAUCUUACUGAGCAUUUACUUGACAUAUUGCCUCUUUUCUCGUCUAUCUGCAAUAAGACCGUUUUGGCCUUAAAACCAACCUCAAGGUUAAUUAAAAAUGACGUCUCUAUCCUGUCUGUGCAAGAUGAACCAGGUAGUGAGACGCUAGUAACUGAGGAUGGGAUGAGACGAGCUAAAAGUGAACCUAAGUCAUCCUGUUUUCCCGGGCGAGAAGACCUUUGUAGCAUCUACAUUGAUCUAAUUGAUAAGGCAUUCAUGCAGCGCGUAAAUUUUCACUUGUCUAAUGAUCACUUUUCUGGGUCAACAAAUGAAAGCACUUCUGUCUCUGCAAGCCAGCCUAUCAGCAUCGGUAAGACCGUUGGCGGAGCCGAUUCAUUCAGCAACAAUGUCGGAACUACUUGCUUCCCAGCACCCAAUUCGACGAACUUAUUACUAACUGAAACCCCACAUGGCCAACUGCUUCUCUUAAGCUUGACCCAUCCAGCUAUCGGUUCUAGUGACCGGAUGGCCAUUUACCGACGACUAUUAAAACAUCAACAAGAAUGCACAGCUUCUUCUGGUGGUCUGCAAGUUUCAAGUCAUAUUUUGGAUGGCCUUAUCAGCUUGGCAGCGGAAUUGGGGGAAUAUUUUCCGUGCUCUAUAGAACCCCAAAUUGAACGUGAGUCCUUUGAUAAUAUUAGCAGCUUUACAACUUUUUAUGAAAGACAUGCAACUACCACUUAA